AUGAGCGAAAGUAAUAAUGUGGCGGGCUCUGAGAAGCCUCGCAAGUCACUCAUUCUCAAUGCAUUCGUGGAGAUGUGCAGCGGACACCAAUCGCCAGGCCUCUGGCGCCACCCCGAGGAUGAGUCGCACCGUUUCAACGAUAUCGAGCACUGGGUAGAGUUGGCCCAAUUGCUUGAGUCGGCGAAGUUUCACGGCAUCUUCAUCGCGGAUGUACUAGGCGGUUAUGAUGUUUAUAAGGGACCGCGCAAUCUUGGUCCUGCAAUUACCUCGGGCGCACAAUGGCCAGUCAAUGAGCCUCUGGCUGUCGUCCCAGCUAUGGCGGCAGCAACCAAGAAUAUCGGCUUCGGAGUGACGGUGACAACAACCUACGAGCCGCCCUAUCAUCUCGCGAGGAGACUGUCAACCGUGGAUCAUCUCACGAAAGGACGGUAUGUUGUGACGGGUUAUCUUGACUCUGCUGCGCGAAACUUAGGCCAAGCCGAGCAGCCACAUGUCAGUCAUAAAGAUCCAACGAUAUACAAACAACAUACCUUAGAGAAGAAACUGACAAGAACACAGCACGAUGACCGAUACGCACUGGCAGAAGAAUACAUCAAAGUCACAUACAAGCUCUGGGAGUCCUCAUGGCGUCAAGAUGCCGUGGUUCUCGAUCGCGAGCAUGGGAUCUACACAGACCCAGCUCGUGUGCGGCAGAUCAACCACGUCGGAAAGUACUAUAAUGUACCAGGUCCUCAUAUUUGCCAGCCUAGUCCCCAACGUACUCCGGUCAUCCUGCAGGCUGGCACAUCCAAGGCCGGAAAGACCUUCGCAGCCCAACAUGCCGAAGCCAUCUUCGUGGCCGGCCAUAGUCCGGCUGUCGUUGCUAAGAAUGUUGCUGAGAUUCGUCAGCUGGCAAAGACGGAGUUUGGUCGAGACCCGCAGAGUAUCAAAUUCUUGGCCUUGCUUUGCCCGGUCCUUGGUCGUACGGAGGAAGAGGCCGUGGAGAAGUUCAAGUACUACCGCAGCCUGGGCUCGAUCGAUGGUGCUCUUGCUCUGUUCGGAGGGUGGACUGGUAUUGAUCUGGACAAGUAUGGUGAUGAUGAAGAGCUGCGUCAUGUUGAGAGCAAUGCUAUCAGGUCGGCCGUGGAGGGCUGGUCCAAGGCUACUCCCGAAGUCGCCAAAUGGACAAAGACGACUGUCGGCCAGCACAUCACCGUUGGUGGUCUUGGUGCUACCCCGUGGGUUGCUGACAGCAUGGAACGUUGGGUGCAAGAAGCUGAUGUCGAUGGGUUCAACCUGGCAUAUGCCAUCAAGCCUGGUUCAUUUAAGGAUAUCAUUGAAUUGCUCAUCCCUGAACUACGCCGGCGAGGACUCUUCUGGGAUGAUUACGCAGUGCAAAAGGGAACUUAUCGUGAAAACCUAUACUCAUCCCCUGGCCAGACCGGUCCAAGAAAGGAUCAUCCGGCCUUCAAAUACCGGUGGAACGUCGGGGUUGCUGCCGAGGAUCAUCCAAUUCCAGAGAACUGA